GCAAGGACAUUCAGAAGCUCCUUUCUUUCUGUCUAAAAAAAUCCCAUCUCUCUCUUUCUACGCCUUUCUCUCUCAAGUUACAGCGAAGAACAGGCCACGUACUCAGUGAAAUGAAAUAAUAAAAACAACCCUUCCGGAAGAGCAGAAGAUUGAUUAAGGGCCAGGCUCUGAAACCCUAAAGGCAGCUUUUUUUUAAGUGAUUCAUGUUGUUCAUUGCUUCGGUUUUAUUGAACAAGAGGUGAAGAACUGAGGAUACGGAGUGUUGGGUAUCCCGUAGAUUCUUGGAUUGAAUCUAUCGUCAGAUUGAAAUCAGUACUGGAGACUUUGGAGGGCUCUCUCUGUUUCUCUUUAUCAGUACUGUUGAAUUGUAGCUCCGGGAUUCAUGGGAAAGCGAUUCCACCAUUGCUUCUCUCCCGGAGAUAGUGCAAUUCUAGAAUGUUCGGACUUGAAGCUUGUUCCUUGGCUUUGGUUUUCUUUGGUCUCUGGCUUGUGUGUUGUAGAACACAACGCUAUAUUCUCAGACAAAAAACUUACUCAUUCAUAUUUGUGCACAAUAAGGAGCAUGAAGCCAAUAGCAUCGGAUGCUGGGUUAAAUUGCUGAGAUCUUGGAGCUCUCUUCCUGGACUUCUGCUCAUUGUUGUGUAACUGUAGUUUAUUCCUUUGAUUAUGUUGUUUUAGAUAGUUGUACUGCAGUAAGUCUGUGUAGAUUAUAAUUCUGGAGAUAUGGUACCAUCGGGGCCUUCCACUCCAAUUGGUGGCACACAAUCUGUUCCUCCUUCCCUUUUGCGGUCAAACUCAGGAAUGUUAGGAGCCCAGGGUGGCAGUCUGCCUUCUCAAACUGCAUUCCCUUCGCUCAUGUCCCCUCGCACUCAGUUUAAUAAUAUGAACAUGGUUGGCAAUGUGCCCAAUAUGUCUUCCCUGCUUGCUCAGUCUUUUGGAAAUGGAGGUCCGAGUCCUCAGCUUUCUGGUCCUGGUAGUAGCCAGCGUGGAGGUAUUGAUACUGGUGCUGAGUCUGAUCCACUUUCUGGUGUUGGCAAUGGAAUGGGGUUUAAUGGUCCUUCCUCAUCAUUUCUUCCUUCAAACAUGUCAAACCCUGUUUCAACUGGUCAAGUUCAGGGUCAGCAAUUUUCAAACCUUUCUGGGAACCAGCUAUUGCCAGAUCAGCAGCAGUCCCAACAACUUGAGAUGCAGAAUUUUCAACAACAAGGUCAACAAGCUAUGCAACAGUUUUCUGUGCAUCACAACACCCAACAAGGGCAGCAGCAACAACAACAAUUUCAAUCUGUUCGGGGAGGGUUAGCUGGUGUUGGAUCUAUCAAGUUGGAGCCUCAAAUGACUAAUGAGCAGCUCGGACAGCAACAGCAGCAGUUGCAAUCACUGAGGACUCUUGCUCCAGUCAAAUUAGAACCCCAACAAAUCCAGAAUACAAGAAGUUUGGCACCUGUAAAAAUGGAACCCCAACAUUCAGAUCAAUCUUUGUUUCUACAGCAACAGCAACAGCAGCAGCAGCAGCAGCAGCAGCAACAGUUCCUCCACAUGCCUCGGCAGCCAUCACAGGCUGCUGCUGCUGCCCAAAUAAAUCACUUCCAUCAACAAAGAGUCCUGCAGAUGCAGCAGCAGCAGCAACAACAACAGCUUCAGCAUCAACAACUCUUUAAAGUAUUGCCUCAACAGAGACCACAGCAGUUUCAGCAACAGAAUCUGCCGUUGAGAGCACCUAUGAAACCAGUAUAUGAACCUGGGAUGUGUGCUCGGCGGUUGACAAAUUACAUGUGUCAGCAACAGCAUAGGCCUGAUGACAACAAUAUUGAAUUCUGGAGAAAAUUUGUUGCUGAGUACUUUGCUCCCCGUGCAAAAAAAAAAUGGUGUGUUUCUAUGUAUGGAAGUGGUCGCCAAACAACUGGUGUUUUUCCUCAGGAUGUAUGGCACUGUGAGAUAUGUAAUCGCAAACCUGGCCGUGGUUUUGAAGCAACUGUUGAGGUUCUCCCCAGGCUUUUCAAAAUUAAAUAUGAAAGCGGUACUCUUGAAGAGCUUCUUUAUCUUGAUAUGCCCCGUGAGUAUCAGAAUUCAUCUGGUCAAAUUGUCUUGGAUUAUGCAAAAGCAAUACAGGAAAGUGUUUUUGAGCAACUUCGUGUUGUUCGAGAUGGUCAGCUUCGAAUAGUUUUCUCCCCAGAUCUCAAGAUAUGCUCUUGGGAGUUUUGUGCUCGGCGUCAUGAAGAGCUCAUUCCCAGAAGAUUGUUGAUACCUCAGGUUAGUCAGCUUGGGGCUGCAGCUCAAAAAUAUCAGGCCGCGGCACAAAAUGCAUCUUCUAAUUUAUCUGCCCCCGAGUUACAAAAUAAUUGUAAUUUGUUUGUUGCGUCAGCUCGGCAGUUGGCAAAAGCCUUGGAAGUGCCACUGGUAAAUGAUUUGGGUUAUACAAAGAGAUAUGUACGGUGCCUUCAGAUCUCCGAGGUGGUUAAUAGCAUGAAAGACUUGAUUGAUUACAGUAGAGAAACUGGGACUGGACCAAUGGAGAGUUUGGCCAAGUUCCCUCGAAGAACAGGUACUUCAUCAGGGUUUAACACUCACUCUCAGCAGUCUGAAGAGCAUCCAUCACAGCAAAAUCAACAGCCCCAGCAGCAGCAGACACAGCAACAGCAAACGCUGGUUCAGAGUUGCAACAGUGAUCAGGGAUCAGUCCAAGUUUCUGCAAUGCAGCUUGCUGCUAACAAUGGAGUGGGUGGUGUAAAUAAUUCUCUUAAUGCAGGAUCUGCAUCAACUUCUACCAGCACAAUAGUUGGGUUGCUGCAUCAAAAUUCAAUGAACUCUAGGCAGCAGAGUUCCAUGAAUAAUGCAAGUAGUCCCUACGGAGGUAACUCUGUUCAGAUGCCAUCUCCUGGUUCAUCAAGUUCACUUCCCCAAGCACAACCUAAUCCUCAAUAUCAGUCACCAACACCCACCUCAUCUAACAAUCCCCCUCAAGCUCCUCAUGGUGCCUUAGCAUCUACUAAUCACAUAAGUUCUGCAAAUUCUCCUGCAAAUAUUUCUGUUCAGCAGCCAGCACUUUCUAGUGAGGCUGAUCCAAGCGAGGCACAAAGCUCUGUCCAGAAGAUACUACAGGAAAUGAUGAUGUCUGGCCAGCUUAAUGGUUCAGGUGGAAUGGUUAGUGUUGGCUCUCUAGGGAAUGAUGUGAAAAAUGUUAAUGGGAUGUUGUCUUCUAGUAACAACGGAAUUCUCAAUGGUGGCAAUGGUCUGGUUGGAAAUGGGGUAGUCAACAAUAAUUCAGGCAUUGGGGUUUCUGGAUUUGGAACAUUGACUGGUGGGCUUGGCCAGUCUGCUUUGGUCAGUGGACUUAGAGCUGCAAUGGGUAACAACUCCAUGAUGAAUGGGAGGGCGGGCAUGACAGCCAUGGCUCGAGAUCAAGGCAUGAAUCACCAACAGCAGGAUUUGGGGAACCAGCUUCUAAGUGGUGGCUUAGGAGCAGUUAAUGGUUUUAAUAAUCUUCAGUUUGAUUGGAAACCGUGCCCCUGAAUGAAAGCUUCUGUCGAUAACCGUGAUGUCAUGUGGUGGUUUAGUUUGACCGAGAACCGUCCACCAUAAGGUUCAGGCAUGUAACAUCCAUACCAUGUUUCUUGAUUGAAGGGUGCUUGUGCAGCACUAGAAUUGUGGGUGAACUACCAAUGGCCCUGCUCGGAUUGUGGUUCAAGAUAUAUGAUAGAUUUAGGGCUUCCCUCCCACUUUGUACUAAUUUGAGAUUGAGAUAAGUUAAACAUAAAGCAUAGUGUUUUAUCAAUGAAAUGUUAAAUCUUCU